AUGAGGGUGUCGUGGGUUUCCUUGGAUGUAUGUGUACGUGUGGGCGGUAAGAGGGUGUCAUGGGUUUCCUUGGAUGUAUGUGUACAUGUGGGCGCUAUGAGGGUGUCGUGGGUUUCCUUGGAUGUAUGUGUACGUGUGGGCACUAUGAGGGUGUCGUGGGUUUCCUUGGAUGUAUGUGUACAUGUGGGUGCUAUGAGGGUGUCGUGGGUUUCCUUGGAUGUAUGUGUACAUGUGGGCGCUAUGAGAGUGUCGUGGGUUUCCUUGGAUGUAUGUGUACAUGUAGGCGCUAUGAGGGUGUCGUGGGUUUCCUUGGAUGUAUGUGUGGGCGCUAUGAGGGUGUCGUGGGUUUCCUUUGAUGUAUGUGUACAUGUGGGUGCUAUGAGGGUGUCGUGGGUUUCCUUGGAUGUAUGUGUACGUGUGGGCGCUAUGAGGGUGUCAUGGGUUUCCUUGAAUGUAUGUGUACGUGUGGGCGCUAUGAGGGUGUCGUGGGUUUCCUUGGAUGUAUGUGUACAUGUGGGUGCUAUGAGAGUGUCGUGGGUUUCCUUGGAUGUAUGUGUACGUGUGGGCGCUAUGAGGGUGUCGUGGGUUUCCUUGGAUGUAUGUGUACAUGUGGGCAGUAUGAGGAUGUCGUGA